UAUCCGUUCCAGAUUCAACCCUGAGUGUAUCAUCAGUUCAUCACCGUUCUUUCUAGAUUCAGUUUUUUUUUUCUAGAUUCAGUUCUGUCUAGACUCGGUUCUUUUGAAAGAGAUCUAGGGCUGUAAAUCAGAGAAGAAACCCUAAUUUACAUUAUUGUGUCAGUACUUAGAUUUGUACUUUCCUUUUAUGGAACCAUCGAUCGAGGUCACGUUUUAGUUGCUAUUAUUCCUAGAUUUGAUUUCAAGUACCGUCUAUCUGUACUUGUGUCUUUUUUUUUUUUUUUUUUCUGUUUAACUCUCUUUUAUCAUCGGUUUCUGGGCUAUAGUUACCUGAAUAUAAAUGAAUAUACAUACAUAUAUGUUUUUUUUCUAUAUAGUACAUGCUUAAAUAUGGUCGCAAAUAAAUAUAUGUUGAUGGGGGAAAAGAAGUUGACAGAAGAGACCGAGCACACAAAGGGAGAAUUGUAUAAAAUUAAUAUGUAUACAGUUUACUUUUGCGUGCUCAUUCUCGUUCUGUCAUAACUUCUCCUUCAUGAAUCUUGGUGAUCAUUUGUUAGCUCAUGUCUGUAUACCAAUUUAUAUAUACAUGUGUUGCAUAUAUACCAAAUUUUCUUUGAUUGGCAUAUGAUAUAGGUUCUAGACUUCCAAGAUGAUCUUGUCUUAUAAUAUCUUUAGACAUGACAUAUAUGUGAAUGUGUGUAUACACAGACCCUAUCUCACUAUCUGUUAGACCUCUCAUAAGAUCUGUUUGGGUUACGUUUCGUUGACCAAUUUUGCUUGCUAGACUCGUUGGAGUAUAAUGUUUAUAUUCUAAAUCUCUAUUGUCACUGGAACAAACACGUUUUGUUUUUGCAGACGAUCUAGAUCACAACUAUAUUGAAUGUCCCCCAACUAUAAAAGGUUAGUCAACUAUUUAUAGAAUACACUUGAAUCCAUGGAAUAAGAUUAGAUUGGGUUUAUCAAUGGUUUAAUGGCGACAAUCAACAAAAGUUGGGAGUUGAUGAGCUCUUAAUCAGAGGAAUUGUAGUUUAUGUGUUGGUUAAGUGACUAUUGUGAUCUAAGGUCUUUUGAUUAGCUGUGCACAAUCAAGAGGUAUAAUCAGCCAGAGAUGGUCAGAUAUACACUGAUACGUCUGAGAGUGAGCUAAUAUCCGAUUGUUGUGGUGAAGAAAAAGAUUAUCGUCUAGCAAAAGCAAUUUAAUAGGAACAUUUAACUAUCCUACCAUCAAACGUUAGUUGAGGUUUUACUGGAUUUGUUAUAUAAAUAUUAGAUUAGUAAUAAAUGUCUAUUGUGUUUUGGCUAAAUAGAUUUUUCGUAGUUAUGUUUUAGCAAAUCCGUAGUAUAUGGCGGACUCACGUCUUUAAGACUGGAAAAAUUGGUAUACCCAUUCAUUACGUUGGUUAAUACUACUAUGGAACAAGAUUGCAUAAAACAUCUUUAAGUUAUCUCUCUAUGCAUAUGUGUGCUAUGUAUUAGAGAUAUACUUGGUGCCUUUUAAUGGUUAUGUAGUUGAUGACUUGAUAUCACAAAUGUGUACAAAAGACAUAUACAUGCAUAUGUUGUUCAGAUGACCAAAAAAUAGAGCACUGAACAUUGUGGAUUUUAGAAUAUGACUUGGAUGAGUUCUGUGGUCUUGUACAGUUGUGAUAUACUGCCUAUAAGAUUGCAUAUACAACAUAUACUGUGUUGCUCCUGCGUCAAGUAGCCUCUCUCUUACGUAGGAUUUGUUGGAGUUGUUGGUUCUUCGAUCAGUAGGAUAUAUGUUGUAUCCAAAUUCUUUGGCAACUAGUGAUGUCAGUAUAUACCAAGACUGUUUCUUCAGUUUCAUUACAAGUAAUAAAAAAUUUAUGUUUGGUUACGAUAAAUCUUUAAGCGUGACGCUUUGUUAUAUGUCAUUGACCCGGAAUAGACUUUCAUUCCUGUGCAGGGAUGCAUGAACUUUCAUGACGAUGAUUCUAUGAAAUUAGACUAUAAUUUAAUUAAAUUUGGUUUGCUGAUGUUCUUAAACUGCAAAAAAAGAAAAGUAGAAUGGCUUUGAUGUGUGCUGAACACAUGAUGAUAUCCAGAUCCAGCAUUGCAUGCUAAGGAUCUUGCCGUAGAGUAUGUAGAAGCCUACUAGUUCCAUGGAUUGUUCUACUUUCAAAGGAUUUUAUAAUUCUCAAUUUCGGAAGAAAAUGCAGAAUUAAUAAUGGGCUGUUUCAUACAAACCUGAUUUUACAAGAAUUCUACAAUGGGCCGAAAAAAUAAUUACUGCUGAGACCAGUCAACCUCACCAAUAAUUACUCGAUUUUGACAAAGCAGCACAGUAAAUUAAAUCGUAAAGAAACGAACGGCUCAGAUGUGUUGGGAGUACAUGGAUACGCAACAUAUAUGCGCAGGGGAUCAUCCAUCAGUAGAAUGAUCCAGCGGGUACGGUGAAAAAAAAAAAGCAAAGCCAAGAGGCAAAGGGGCUUUUAUUUUGCUGUGUAUUUGUCUCGAGCUUCUUUCUUUCUUCUCUAUCUGAUCGGUGGUGGCGAUCGCUUUCGAGCAUGGAAAAUCUAAGCUUCCAUGAUGGUAACAUCUUCAAUCUCCUCCACUCGAGGUCCACGGAGCCAAGUCAUGACGUUGAUCAAAGAAUGCAAUUACAUUCUUCAUUGGUUCGUAGACUCUCCCAGGAACAGGAACUCGAGGGACAUCAAGGCUGUGUUAAUGCUAUCUCAUGGAACUCUACUGGAUCACUCUUGGUUUCUGGAUCAGAUGAUUUAAGGGUUAAUAUUUGGGAUUACUCCAGUCGAAAGCUUGUGCAUUCUGUAGAGUCGGGGCAUACUGCCAAUAUAUUCUGUACCAAGUUCGUCCCUGAAACCUCUGACGAGCUUGUCGUUUCUGGUGCUGGAGAUGCUGAAGUUAGGCUAUUCAAUCUAGCCGGGUUAAGAGGUAGAGCAGAUGAUGACAAUGCUCUUACACCGUCGGCAAUGUACCAAUGCCACACGCGGAGAGUGAAAAAGCUAGCUGUCGAACCAGGCAACCCCAAUGUUGUAUGGAGUGCUAGCGAAGAUGGGACUCUGCGGCAGCAUGAUUUCCGUGAAUCCACCUCUUGUCCUCCUGCUGGAUCCGCUCACCAAGAUUGCCGCAGUGUUCUUCUUGACCUGCGAAGUGGAGCCAAAAGAGCACUAGCGGAUCCUCCUAAGCAGACUCUGUCCCUGAAGUCGUGUGAUAUAAGUGCCACAAGACCACACCUACUUCUCGUUGGUGGGAGUGAUGCGUUUGCUCGUUUGUACGAUAGAAGGAUGCUCCCUCCGUUGACAUCAUGUCGGAAAAGGAUGCCUCCGCCUCCAUGUGUCAAUUAUUUCUGUCCCAUGCAUCUUUCUGAACGUGGGCGAACAAAUUUGCACCUAACUCAUGUAACUUUCAGUCCUAAUGGUGAAGAAGUUUUGCUCAGUUACAGCGGGGAGCAUGUGUACCUGAUGAAUGUAAAUAAUGGCGUUGGAACCAUGCAAUACACACCAGGAGAUGUAGCGAACUUCUUUUCUUUGAGUAACAUUCUCCAUGAUGUAGAAUCUACACCUCAGGUUUCCACCACUCAAAAUGGCUUUCACAGAAAUGGCAACGCUGCAAUGUUAAAGAAGUGCACCGAAUUGGUAGAACUUGCUAAAAGUUCUUUAGAAGAGGGUACGGAUAUUUUCUAUGCAAUUGAGGCAGCUAAUGAAGUUCUGGAUGCGCAUUCUAAUGAUAUUGAGUCAGCCGUAAGGCAUGAAUGCCUUUGUACUCGUGCCGCAUUGUUGCUCAAGAGGAAGUGGAAGAAUGAUGCUCAUAUGGCCGCAAGAGAUUGCCAAAAUGCAAGGAGAAUUGAUGCUUCAUCUUUUAAAGCACAUUACUACAUGUCUGAAGCAUUGCAGCAAUUGGGAAAGUGUAAAGAAGCUCUGGAUUUUGCGACUGCUGCACAACAAUUGAAACCAUCGGAUGCUGAUAUAGUGGCAAAGGUGGAGAGCAUUAAAAGGGAUCUUCAAGCAGCUGGAGCUGACAAAAAAGAGGAGCCAGAAGGAGGAACUGGUAGAGUACUUUCUUUGAGCGACAUACUUUAUAGAUCAGAGGCGAACAGUGACAGUUCGCAUGAUAUGUCGAGAUCCGAAGGAGACCAGUCUGAUUAUGAUGAGGAAUUAGAGGUUGAUAUUCAAACUUCCAUGUCAGAUGAUGAAGGAGGAGAUCCAGACUCGAAUGCUAUGCGUGGUAGCCUAAAUCUAAGAAUUCAUAGAGUAAGUGAUGAUAAUAAGCCCAUAGAAAAUUCUGGUGAUAAUGGCUCCUCAGGAACUGCAUCGUCAUCUCAAAAUGAUAGAACCUCUUAUCAGCCGGAGGGAGCCAUUGAUAUGAAGCGUAGAUAUAUUGGCCACUGUAACAUUGGAACUGAUAUUAAGCAAGCCAGUUUUCUCGGCCAGAGAGGUGAAUAUAUUGCGUGUGGAAGUGAUGAUGGUAGGUGGUUUAUAUGGGAGAAGCAGACGGGGAGGCUUAUGAAAGUACUUGUUGGCGAUGAAGCAGUUGUGAACUGCAUCCAGUGCCAUCCGUUUGACAGCGUUGUAGCAACGAGUGGAAUCGAUAACACAAUAAAGAUGUGGAGUCCAAUCGCAUCAGUGCCAUCGAUUGUAGCGGGUGGAUCAGCUGGACCUGCAACAGCCAAUGUAGUGGAAGCAAUGGAGAGUAAUCAACAGAAGCUAAGCCGCAAUCGAGAGAACCCUCUGUCUGUGGAGCUUCUGCAGAGGUUUAGGAUGCAAGAGUUUGCAGAAGGGAACUUUCACCCAUUUGAAUGUACUCAGAGCUAAAAAAACAGGAUGGGGACUGUAUAUGUAAAGGGAAAGCUUGCUUUGUGAAGGUGCUGGUGGAGUAUCAAUGGCUUUGAAUUUUAAUAAUGAAAAAUAAAGUCUGUGACUAAGUUUUCAAAUGCAGCAAAAGCUUUGUCCCUGUAAAACUCAUCGACAGCUUCCUUUUAGCCUUUUUUUACUCGUGUUGUAUACUGUAUAGUGCGAUAUUUACUUCUUCUGGGUGCAAGUUAUCAAUCUCCUCUCUUUUGAAAUUUA